AGAAAGAGAAAGCUUGGAAAUGUAGCAACGAUGACCCCAUUGGUAUUGUCUAGCACAGGUGUGGAACCGAAAGCCGUCGUAUCUUCCAUUCUCCGCCAAACAUCCAACCACUCCUAACAACCACACCAACAUUUCAAUUAGGGUUCCAAUUCCAAUUCCAAUCCCAAUCCAUCACCAUGGACGACGCUGAAGACCCUUCCUCUCUCUGGGACUUCUCCUACCUCCUCGACUUCAACCUAGACGAAAACGACAACUCGCUCUCUCUCCCCUUACCCGACCCUCCCCCCGAGAUCCCCAACGACAACAAGGUCCGAAAGCGCGACCCCAGACUCACCUGCUCCAACUUCCUCGCGGGUCGGGUCCCCUGCGCCUGCCCCGAACUCGACGCCAAGCUCGACGACGUCGGUUUGCCCGCCAAGAAGCGCCCCCGCGCCUCCGCCUCCGCCUCCGCCCGCUGCCAGGUCCCCGCCUGCCAGGCCGACAUCUCCCAACUCAAAGGCUACCACCGCCGCCACAGAGUCUGCCUCCUCUGCGCCAAUGCCGCCACCGUCCUCCUCCACGGCGAGGCCAAGAGAUACUGCCAGCAGUGCGGAAAGUUUCACGUUUUAUCGGAUUUCGACGAGGGUAAACGCAGCUGCAGAAGGAAAUUGGAGCGCCAUAACACCAGAAGGCGAAGGAAGCCUCCAGCAGAUUCCAGUGGUGAUGCGCUUAACGAAGCUGAGCCUGCUAGUGCUAAUCAAAACGAAGAAAACAAUUGUGAUGUCGAUGCACAAAAAGAUGGUUCAAAUUUGAGUGCCGAGGUCAAUGAAAAAGGAGUGUCUCCAGAUCCUGAAGAUGAUGAGCCAGUACCCAUUCCGGGCUCGGCUCCUGAUGCCCAAAAUAUUAACAAUGAUACUGUUGUGUCCUUGGCUGUUUCUGGUGAUACGCGAGUGAAUAGUGGGAACACUUCUAAUUCGCCUUCUUAUUGUGACAAGAGUGCCUAUUCAUCCAUGUGCCAAACAGGUCGGAUUUCUUUUAAGCUUUAUGAUUGGAAUCCUGCGGAGUUUCCUAGAAGGCUACGACACCAAAUAUUCCAAUGGUUGGCAAGUAUGCCUUUAGAGUUGGAGGGAUAUAUCCGUCCUGGUUGUACGAUCCUGACAGUUUUUAUUGCAAUGCCUAACAUUAUGUGGAUAAAUUUAUUUAGAGACUCUUUGGACUAUGUGCAUGAUCUUGUUGCUCCUGGAAAGAUGCUAUCUGGAAGAGGCACUGCACUAGUUCAUCUGAAUGACAUGAUCUUCCGUGUUAUGAAAGAUGGAACUUCUGUGACGAGAGUUGAGGUAAGCAUGCAGGCACCAAGGCUUCACUAUGUUCAUCCCACAUACUUUGAGGCUGGCAAACCCAUGGAGUUUGUUGUUUGUGGAAGUAACUUACUGCAACCUAAGUUUCGGCUUCUUGUAUCAUUUUCUGGAAAGUAUCUAAAAUGUGAGUAUUGUGUACCGUCUCCACAUAACUGGACUGAAGAAAAUAUUUCUUGUGCUUUUGACAAUCAGUUAUACAAGAUAUAUGUCCCUCAUACUGAGAAAAGUUUCUUAGGGCCUGCAUUUAUUGAGGUGGAGAAUGAAUCGGGUUUAUCAAAUUUUAUUCCUGUACUCAUUGGGGAUAAAGAAAUUUGUACUGAAAUGAAGACACUGCAGCAAAAAUUAGAUGUAUCUCUCCUUUCGAAAGAAUUCCGAUCAGCAUCUGGUUAUUCUAUCUGUAGCUCAUGUGAAACUUUCGCACUUAGUCACACAUCAUCAUCAGACUUACUUGUAGAUAUAGCAUGGUUGCUAAAGGACACUAUUUCAGAAAAUUUUGACAGGGUGAUGACAGCUUCACAAAUUAAUAGAUAUUGUCAUUUGUUGGAUUUUCUGAUAUGCAAUGAUUCAACAAUCAUUUUGGGAAAAAUAUUACCAAAUUUGAUAAUCUUGACAGAAAGCAUGAAAUCCAAUAAUAUUGUGAUUAAUAGGACGAGUGAUGUUGACAUGACACAACUCCUGAAUCACAUACAUAAUGCUAGAAAUGCCAUAUAUCAGAAACAUCAGAAAGGUGGAGGUAUAAUUGUGCACUCUGAAAUGGAAGGCUAUCAACUUGUUCAGGGAUGCUCCCAAGAUAACAAUCUAUCAGUUGCAGUUAACAGUCAGGGUAUCCUGUCGAGAGCAGAUGCAAAGUGGGGAGUAUUAAAAAGUCCAACUUCCAAUGACAAAAAUGAAAGAAUACCCCUUUUAAAAAGGGAUAUUAUAAUGAAUGUGGAAGAGUUGCCUGGAAGAUAUGGGCGCCGAUGUUUGGGCAGGGGAUUCUUGAUCUCUCGACCAGCUAUUUUUGUGAUUGUUUCUGUUGCUGUUUGUCUCGGGGUAUGUGUGGCUGUCCUUCAUCCUGGGAGGAUUAGUGAGUUAGCUGUAUCCGUCAGAAGGUGCUUGUUUAACUAUUAGAUGUUUCAAUUUUUUUGUACUCAUCUUCUAGCUGGUACAUAUUUGUUGUAACACUAAAUAAACUGGUGUUAUGUUAUUGGGAUGAUUAGGUAGUUUAUUACAUUGGAAGCUUAAUCCAACAUUGCUAAGUUGUGCAUUAUCAAUUUAAUCGGAUGUCCAGAGGGACUUGCAGGUGCUGUAACUGCAACGAGUCUGAUCAUAGUUAAAAUUUAAAUUCAUAGCAUUAUUAUUA